UGCCGAACAACAGUCGCCUCGGAGCGCCGGCCGUGCGGCGGAACCGAGCGGUCGGUGAUAAAUAAUUGGCAGAUUAACUUCCGUGUGUCUGAGCCGACUGCUGCUUCCGUGUCAUCUAGGUUUCCCCGGUCCGUCGCCGCCGGCAACCAGCUCCGGUCACGAUGCGUGCGAUUCCCGAGGAGCUGACGACGCUCGUUUCAGAUAUAGAACAUUUCCUCAUUGAUGGCUUAAAAGGGGAAAAUUUGGGCAAGAAGGCAAAAGAGAAGAGGGAUGCCAUCAUCAAACGGAUCAAGGAGGUCAAAUUGGGUUUUCCGCAGGAUUUCAAGGACAAAAUAGGUGGAGAUGACUCGGAGGAGGACGAGGACGUUGACAGCAACAACGACGGAGGGUCCCUGCAGUCAGAGCGCACAGACAAGGACGAAGACACUUGUGAAGGUGCCCAGCAGUCCCCACCUGUGGCAGCUCAGGACCUGAUGUCAGUCUUCAAAGCAGGAUACCUUGAGAAACGCAGAAAGGAUCACAGCUUUUUUGGCACCGAGUGGCAGAAGAGAUGGUGUGCUCUGAGCCACCAUACCUUCUACUAUUAUGGCAGUGAGAGAGACAAGCAGCAGAAGGGCGAGUUCAGUAUCGAUGGGUACAUGGUCAAAAUGAACAACACCUUGCGGAAAGACUCAAAGAAAGACUGUUGCUUUGAAAUUUCGGCUCCGGACAAGCGAGUCUAUCAGUUUUGUGCGUCAUCAGUAAAAGAGGCGGAGGAAUGGGUGAAACAGAUAGACUUUGUUUUAAAAGAUAUGUCGGGCGUUAUCCCAGAAGAAGAAGAAGAGGAGGAACAGGAAAUGUACGAUGAUGUUGGACCUAUGGCAGAUACAGUUGAGCCUGCGCCGAUUGACGAAGACAUCUAUGAAGAGCUCCCAGAGGAUGACAUACCCACUCCAGCAAAGCCUCCUCCAAAGGUGGAGCCAUCGAGCAAACCUGCUCCGCCUGCUCCAGUUGAUAAGAGCACAGACUACCAGAACUACUACCAGGGCUUAUGGGACUGUGCAGGGGACCACCCAGAUGAGCUGUCCUUCAAACGUGGAGAUUCUGUCUACAUCCUGAGCAAGGAGUACCAGAGCUUUGGCUGGUGGGUUGGAGAGAAGAAUGGAAAUAUAGGAAUCGUCCCCAAAGACUACCUGAUGGCGCUUUAUGCUUUAUAAAUACACUCAAUGAUCAUUCCCUCUCAUAUCCACUGUAAGAGACUGAUGAUUGGACAAAAAGAUUUUCAAAUGACUUAAGGAGAUGUUUAAGAAUAUUUUCUACUUUGCACUGCUUGUUUGUAUUUAUUUUCUAUUCAAGAUACACUUUUUCCACAACUGUAUUUCAUGCUCUGCUUUUGGCAAAUUUUGUUUUUGCAAAGUUUAAGAUAAAUAAAGAUUCAAACAUAA